CUUCUAGCUGCUCCGCUUUAAAGAAUAUUCCUUAAGUUUAAAUUUGACGGUUACGCGAUCGGUAAGGAGGAGUAUUACAUAAUCAUUUGUGUCGGAGUCAUUCUUCCAAACUCAAAAUCCGGGGAAGAGUGAACGCAUACAUUCAAAUUUUCUCUCAUCACAAUCAGCAAUCAUGGUACGAUUUCCAGCAUUCGAAGUGGAAAGAUGGAUGGACACAUAUGAAACAAAGGCAAAAUAUGAUUUAGCAGAAACAUGUGCACUCUCGAUCAAAUUACGAGAAUUGAUUGAAUUAUCCUAUUUGGACGGAGAACCACCAUUAGAGCAAUCUGCUGUAUUUGAUGGCAAGUUGGGUUAUGGACAUAUAAAUGGAUCACCGAAGCUACGUCAAAGAAUAGCAGAAUGUUAUGCAACGUCAAGUGAGAUCACAAAGGAGAAUAUUCUCGUCACACAAGGUGCAAUUAGCGCCAACUUUUUGUCGAUCAUCGGUUUGAUACAGCAAGGCGAUCAUGCAGUGGUCGUUUCGCCUUCUUAUCAGCAAUUGCAAGAGCUACCCAAAACAUUUGGCGCUGAUGUGUCGUUUUGGAAGCUAAAAGCUGAGGAGAAUUGGGAACAUCGUACUGAAGAGCUAGAGAAGAUCGUAACAAAGAAGACCACUUUAGUCAUUAUUAAUAAUCCCAAUAAUCCAACCGGAUCUGCCAUUCCAACAGAAACACUGAAAGAGAUUCACGAUAUCGUCAAGAGAAAAGCUCACCCAGAUGCAAUGAUAUUAUGCGAUGAGGUCUAUAGUCCUUUAUGGCAUUCCAUUCCGCAAGAUGAGCAAGUGCCGGCAUCGAUGUUAGAUUUUGGGUUUGACAACGUUUUGGUGACGGGAAGUUUGUCAAAGGCGUACGCUCUUGCAGGAUUGCGGGUAGGAUGGAUUGCUACGAAGCGAAAAGAUCUGCUGCAAAGAUUUCUUGGCAUUCGUGAUUAUAAUAUCAUCUCUGUUUCUGGCGUAGAUGAUGAAUUGGCAGCACGAGCACUGGGACCUAAAGCAAAAGCAGCACUGCUAAAACGCAAUACGACACUUGCCCGAACAAAUCGUGCAAUUUUGGCCAAAUGGAUUGAUGAAACAAAAGGUGUACGAUGGAUACCUGCAAAAGGUGGAAAUACUGCUCUGGUUUAUUUGGGUGAUGGAAUCAAAGAUGAAGAUUUUUGCGCUUCUCUUUGUGAGACUAGAGGUGUGAACGUCGUUCCUGCUGGCUUAUGCUUUGGACAUCCGGGUUAUGUUAGAGUUGGCUAUGUGGGUGAUACGCAACAAUUGAAGGAUGGAUUAGUACAAAUUGCAGAACAUUUAAAAUCAUGGAAAUAAUAGAG